AUCAGGGAGUGAAAUUAAUUGUUGAAUUAUCAUGCCUAUUAUUGAAAAUGUGCACCUGAUGGAACUCAUUACUAUGAUCAUGUUAUAAAGAACACGUCAUUUAGGCGCUGAUAAAUAAAAACAUACAAUUGAAAGAGGAUGUAAUUACUUUUUCCCCAUGACUGUAUGUCCACAUCAGACCGUUUUGCUUCCUCUCUAUAUAACCACCAGACAUUCCUGAUCUUCACACAUCCUGUAUCACUACGAUGUCAGUCAUGUUAAUCCCAGUAAAUAAACACUUCCUGAUUCACCAUCUCAUGCGUCAUAAACCUCGCCAAUAUUGCGUUUAGUUUAUUUUAUUUCAGGCAGGAUGAAGCUGCAUGCACACUGGAAUUUAUUGAGCUGGAUUUUCUUCACCUUCCUGCUUCUGAUACACACAGUGUCGGUGCAGAGUGUCCGUGUUGAAGGUUUUAUAGGAGAAUCAGUUACCUUACCGUGUUCAUUUGGCCAGAAGCCGCAGACUGUGUUUUGGCGAAACGACGACAGCAGGGUGGUGUGUGACAUCAUUCGCGGUGAAGCAGAUUUCAGUGAGCAGGAUCCAGUCUAUAAAGACAGGGUUGAAAUUUCUCAAUCAGAAAUUGAAAAGGGGAAUUUCUCCAUCAUGCUGAGCAACGUGAAGGAAUCUGAUUCAGGACAGUACACCUGCAUCGUCCCAAACAGCAAGACCCUGACACUAGAACUAACUGUUAAAGAGAAACCAACCACAACAGAGAGAAAGAACCCAACCCCACUAACAGAUGAAUCUCCGACACGAGCAGACGGUCCGUUAACGUUCCUGCUGGGAUGUGCUCUGCUCUUCAACUUAACCUUCUGAAGGAAACCCCAAGCUCCGUGUGUGCAUUAUCUUCACAUACAGGCAUCACAGCAAUGUCUUUUACAGAUUUCAGUUCAGUUUUUAAUUUCUUUCACUAAAAUCAGUACUACUUUGGAUCGAUAGU